UGUAUGGCCGCGCGGGUCGGCUGGGGCUCAGUCUCCGCCUCUCCGGUCAAUGCAGCUGCGACGGCGACGGCAGGAGCGGAGCGGCCGCUGCGCAGCGCCUAGAGCGAGCCCCCCUCGGACGGGCCCGCGCGGGCACGGGACAGGCAGCCACGGGAGGAGAGAUUUGAGUUCACUGCAUCAGAGAGCUGAGGGUGUGAAAACGAGGAGAACCUGCAUAAGAGUAAUUUCUCCAGACCUUUUCCCCACCAUGUCUGAUGAAGAUAUUGGCACCACUUUAGCGUAUACCAAGAGCCCCAAGUUCUCCAGAAGAACCACUUUUCAGAAUGAGCUACAAGAAGCAAUUUCUGCUCGUGCAGCAAGACAGCAAACUGCUGAAUACUCAGAUGACUUUGACAGUGAUGAAGAUGAAGAACUUCCUGAAAAUAAUUCAGCUGUUGAAAACACAAAUAAGAAAUCAGUUGCCUUUGAUAUUACCCUCUCAGAUGAUGAGACUACUCAGAAAAAGGCCCUUUUGAAAAGUGAAAUUGCUGAUGACUUGACUUCACUAUUAGAUGAAGAAAAACAUCAACAGAUGACAAUUUUGAAAAGCCAAAACUUGAGUGGUGACAGAGAAGAUGAAACAGAAUGUUCAUUCAUUGAAAAAUUAACUUGUCAUGGUAAUGAAGGUGACUACUGUAAUGAAUCACAUAUGGCUGUACUGCAACAUGAAGGAGAAGAGAUUACUCAACAUGAAUUUGAAAACAAACCAGUACCAAAGCUAAGGGAGCACAGAAUCAAAAAUAUAUCAUCAGCUGAGAAUGUCAGUAUUUCUGCACUGGAUGAUCAUUCUAAACCGUCACCUCAACCAAGAAGUGUCUUAAGAAAGAGCAGCCAUGUAGAAGACAAAGAUGUUGCCAGGGCAGAAGAUAAGGCUUCUUCUAGUUACAGAUUAUCUUCAUUUUCUGCACCAUCCUCCCUGACUAGGCUGAGUGACAAAAUAACAACAUCUGAGAAAAGGGCACUUGCUGAAAGCCCUAGUCCUGAGGGUCCAUGGCUAACAAGCUCUCCACCACCGUUCCCUAUUCAUUUUCAUUCAGCUGAUGAAACAUCUGGAGACUCCAAUUUGCUAAUGUGUGGCGAAGGCUUUCCUUCAAAAGCCCAGGAUCAAACAGUAGAUGAUGACUGCAGGGAUUUGAAAUUGGAGAAUAAUGGCAGAAAAUCCCCAUCUGUGAUAGAACUAAUGAUGACUACAGUGUAUGAGAAAACUAAAAAACUACAAAAAUCAACUGAUGACCAGCUUGAAGAAAAUUUGCAAACAUUGGAAGAGAAAUUCAUUGCUGAUGGCAUAAAGGAAAUGUCACUGAAUGAUAAAUCUGAAGACAUGGCGGAAGUGAGCACUUCAGAGGACUUGGACAAGAAAGAAUUUGAAUAUAAGGAGUCACUUGCACAAAAAGUGAGACCUUCUUCAUCAAGCAGGUCUCUGUCCUCUACAUACUUGAAGAAAGCUGGGAAAACCAUCCCUUCAUCUACAACUACAUCUUCUCAAUACUUGGGAACAUUAAAGGUCUUGGACAAUAAACACUUACAAAAAUAUAGUGCUGAGCUUGACAAAGCAGAUAGUCUACGAGCAGCUGUUUAUCAGGAUUGGUUGGAAAAGAAAAGAGUCUUUCUACUGGAACUGCAGAGAAUUAAAAGGAACAAAGUAGAAAAUUUAAAGAACGCAAAUGAAAAGAAAGAAGCUAUUAAGAAAGAAGAAGCAAUUGCAUCUUUUGAAGCCUGGAAGGCAAUGAAAGAAAGAGAAGCAAAAAAGAAACUAGCUGAAAAAAAGAAGCUUGAGGAGUUGAAGAAACGGAGAGCAGCAGAACAGAAUGAAGAGAAAAAAGAAGAAGCUCAAAAGGCAGCAUUUGAAAAAUGGAAAGAAAAGAAAGCAGAAUAUCUAAGAGAGCAAAGUAGAAAGGAAAAACGAGCUGAAAGAAUCAAGAAGAAGAAAGAAGAGGAAGCUAUUGCAGAAAAGAAACGAGACAACAUGUCUGCCGUUGAUAAAUGGAAUGAGAAAAAGGAAGAAUUUGUAAAACAAAAGAAGACAGAAAAAAUCCAAGAGAAAAGACAGCAAGAAAUAGAACAGGUUGAAAGGGAAGAAAAAGAUAAAAGGGCUCUGGAGGAAUAUGAAAGAUGGCUGGAAAAGAAAGAGAGGAGAGACCAGAUUGAGAAAAAACAAAAGAAGCUCCAGGUUAUCCUUGAGGAUGAAACCCCUCCUCCAUGGAGUCCACCUGGCAAAGCUGUGUCCUCAAGGAACUACUGAGAUGUCCAUUGUCCUUUGUGAGGAAAAUUCAUGUCCAAAGUUCUGACAUUGUCUAAUCAUCAAUAUUUCACAACUGACUUUAAAGUGAAUUGAUACUGGCUCUUGCAUCCUUUCUUUUGUAGGGUGAUUAUUUUUAGACUCCUCAGUUGGAACAACUGGUGUAUGUGCUAAAUAGCUCAAUUGUUCUUUUCCAUUACAUUUCACCAAAAGAUUAAUUUGUGUAAUUUUUUUGCAUUUAAUUUCUUGGUUAAACUUUGUCAGUUGGCCCCUUUUGGUGAAAAUUCAUGUUCAGGACAUGCAGGGCCAGACUCUAACACACCCUUCUUCAUAUGAGUAGCACUUUACCCCACAAAUGGUGCCAUUGAAGUCAGUGGGCCUGCCUGUGGAUUCAGCCUGAGUAAGGAUGCCAGAAUCUGGCCCAAAAUGAGUGGUCAAGCAAAUGCUAGGUAUGUUCCUAUACGAAGUGCAGGGUGAAGAAGUAGAAAAUAUUUUAAACCAUCAUUCAAACAUAGCUUCAGAGCCAAAUUAUUUACAAACUGGUAAACAAUCCCUGAAGAUUGGCAGGGGGAAUAAAUGCACUAAGCAAAAGGAAAA